AUGGUCGCACUGUUGUUAGGGAAAGGGUUGUUCGCAUUGAGGGACAAGGAGAUUGAGAACCUGGCUGGCCUGGAGGGCUCCCUGACCACCCAGGACAGUGGUGGGUUCCGGGACUGGGCCUGCGCAGAUAAAUUUGGCUCCUCAGACAAGGGGAAGGAAAUCAUUAGGGUUGCCGAAUGUGUCACCUACAGUUUGACUGCACUUGGAGGAGGCAAUGAGCAGCACGGCUUUGUUGUGGUGCCAACAACAACAGGUUUCAGACUUAACUCUGUAGUGGUGCUAUUUUUGUCAGUGACUUCUGAUCCCAACCGUGCGUCCAUGCCGCUGGCGCACCGGCACGGACCAUGCGCGCCGGCCACUACUAGUAGCUGGCCGUCCCUAGCCGAGAGGCUUCGCAGGGACCGCGCCCGCAGGGACCAUAUCACGCGCAAGGCCAAGGCAUCAGGGCGCACGACCACGCUGUCCGACGUGAGUAUCCCGACGUCCCUCGGCGCCGCGGUGGACUCGCUGGAGUACGUCGUCACGCUGGGCAUCGGCACGCCGGCCGUCCAGCAGACGGUGCUCAUCGACACAGGCAGCGACCUGUCGUGGGUGCAGUGCAAGCCCUGCAACUCCUCGUCGUGCUACCCGCAGAAGGACCCCCUGUACGACCCGACCGCGUCGUCCACGUACGCGCCCGUCCCGUGCGACUCCAAGGCGUGCAAGGACCUCGUGCCUGACGCCUACGACCAUGGCUGCACCAACUCCAGCGGCACCUCCCUGUGCCAGUACGGGAUCGAGUACGGCAACAGGGACACCACGGUUGGGGUGUACAGCACGGAGACGCUCACGCUGAGCCCACAGGUUUCCGUCAAGGACUUCGGCUUCGGCUGCGGCUUGGUCCAGCAAGGCACGUUCGACCUGUUCGACGGCCUCCUCGGGCUCGGCGGCGCGCCCGAGUCACUCGUCUCGCAGACGGCGGAGACGUACGGCGGCGCCUUCUCGUACUGCCUCCCGCCGGGGAACAGCACCACGGGGUUCCUCGCGCUCGGCGCACCGACCAACAACAACGACACGGCGGGGUUCCUCUUCACGCCGCUCCACAGCUUGCCGGAGCAGGCCACGUUCUACUUGGUCAACCUCACCGGCGUCAGCGUCGGAGGGAAGCCGCUCGACAUACCGCCGACCGUGCUCUCUGGAGGCAUGAUCAUAGACUCCGGCACCAUCAUCACGGGGCUGCCGGACACGGCCUACUCGGCGCUCCGGACGGCCUUCCGGACCGCCAUGUCCGCGUACCCGCUCUUGCCACCCAACAACGACGACGUGCUUGACACGUGCUACAACUUCACCGGCAUCGCCAACGUGACGGUGCCGACCGUCGCCCUCACGUUCGACGGCGGCGCCACGAUCGACCUCGACGUGCCUUCGGGGGUUCUCAUCCAAGACUGCCUCGCGUUCGCCGGAGGGGCCUCGGAUGGAGAUGUCGGAAUCAUUGGCAAUGUCAACCAGCGCACCUUCGAGGUGCUCUACGAUUCUGGCCGCGGACACGUCGGAUUCCGGCCAGGCGCUUGCUAAGUGCUGUUGCUGUUGUCUUUCAAAAUCUCACAGUCGUUGCCAUC